AUGUCUGGGCCCUUCUUUGGUGCUCCGAAUACGAGGAAAAGGGCCUUGUAUUCACCUUCUAGCAAUUCUAAGCAGCAGCUACAGCCUGGCCCGAUCGCCCUUUCCGCCUCAACACAGUCGCCAAACAUGAAAAAGGCAGCGCUCAGGCGAAGUGCUGGAUUCCUGAAUCUUUCGAUAGAAACGAGUCCCGCAAAGGGAGCUUUGAAGGCGGAUACUGGCGAAGUUAUGGCUCUUGGAGUCACAAAAUCGUUUAACGAUCUGAACUUUGAUAACGCUACACACACUGAUGAAAUUGAAUCUCAAGAGAACAGAGAUCCACGACUAUCUAAGGAUUCUUUUGUUGAUGUGCAGCCGAGAAUCUCAAAAUCCCACGGAAAAAGCCCGAAGGCUGGCUCAAACAUGUGGGCCCUGACUCCAGAAUCCAUCAAAUCGUCUUCUCCGUUUCUGAAUCCCAACACUGUGAAGGCGUCCACGAAGCAUGGCAACGACUCCAGAAAAAUGGUGUCGAAUUUCAGACUGCGAAAGAUGAUUGGUUUUGAAAAGACCAACUUUCCUAGAGAGAUGGAGGACCCCUCGUUCAAUGAAUCGCCCUCCAGACCAGCAAGGCACAAACCCAAAUACGAUAGAAACGAGCAGCAAACCCCGCUGAACAAUGGAGCUGACUCCUUUGCCACGCCGGCCUCAUUCAACUCGGUCAAGCCUCUCCAAACGGCGUUUUCUUCCUCUGGUCUUCUAAGCAAAAAGGGUGCUAGUGCUAUACCGAAAGCCAAACCCAUGCCUGAAACGCCAUGUAAGAGGCCACCGCAUUCGUCUCAUAUCGUUGAUAUCAAUGACUCGUUUGGGAGCGCAAACACAUCAUAUGGAUCCAUGGCUUCAGUCAUGACUACAAAUCUCCCGGGUAAUGCCACCCACUCCACAACAAUCGAUCAAAUUUCGCCUGCUGGGCUACGACGGACUCCAAACUACCGCGCCACUGAUGGUAAGACUGCCAGAUCGGGGGGAAGUCGCUCUGGAAGCGGUGGAAAGAAACUACCGCGAAGCGAAAUGGCCAUCAACACCAGCGAUCUGCAGAGUUGUAUUCUGAGGUUUGCAAACGAAUUUGAUGAUUUUUAUGACGAUGAGAACGGAAGCAAUAGCAGCAUUUUCAGAGACGGUGAUGUUUCUGGAACAAAAAUGGAUGUUGAUGCGAAUCUGGAUCUUGAGAAUCUUGAUAACUUCGAGAGUUUCUCGAACUUGGACAGUUUCGAUAACUUUCCCCCAACCCCAACAAGACUUGGAAGUGUCUCUUCAAACAACGAGGUGACUCCUACAAAGCUGUCCAAGGCGACUUAUUUUGCAAAGCCGUCUGUUCUUGCUUCAAAUCCUCAGAUGACCAAAGUGUUGACACACGAGUUUGAGAAACCACCUCCUUCGCCGUUUGGUCUUACUGCAACCACGCCGAGAACACCAAUCGAAUCUGCGUUUGGUUCAAGCGGUUUUCCUCUUCCUGGUCAAGUAAGUAGAACUGCCUCGAAUCUCUCUACAACCUUUGAUGGCCAGCCUACGCCUUCGUCUUCCAGUUUUGGAAACACUCUUGGAAUUACCAAAACUCUGAUGGACGACCAUUUGCGGCUUCGGUUUGGAAACACCGUCAAAGUGCUUGGAUCCGGGGAGUUUUCUAUAGUGUAUUCAAUCCAGGAGGAUGAAUCCAAACCCAAGUUUGCGGUGAAAAGAACUAAAACUCCUCUAGGUGGACCAAAGACAAGAUUGAGAAAAAUGGAAGAAGUUGAGAUCUUGAAAAUUCUGAAGGACAACUCCGGGAACGACCCAGAUGGGUUUGAAUACAUCAUCAACCUGACUAGCUACUGGGAGAACAGCGCCCAUCUCUACAUCAUGACUGAAUACUGUGAGAAUGGCUCGUUGGACCGUUUUCUAACGGAGAGCGGCAAGGAUUCCAAGCUCGAAGAAUGGAGAAUUUGGAAGAUUCUCAUAGAAAUCCUGAUGGGAUUGAGGUAUAUCCACAGUUGUGGAAUAAUUCAUCUUGAUCUGAAACCAGCCAACAUCUUCAUCACCUUUGAGGGUUCCUUGAAGAUUGGAGAUUUUGGACUGGCUUCUAAGACACCAAUUCCUCCUUUCUUUGAACGUGAAGGAGAUAGAGAGUAUAUUGCCCCGGAAAUCAUCUCCAGAAGAAUUUACGACAAACCCGCCGAUAUCUUCAGUGUUGGGCUGAUUAUGGUUGAAAUUGCAGCCAACAUUAUUCUGCCUGAUAACGGGUUGUCGUGGCAAAAAUUGCGCAGUGGAGACUUGAGUGAUGCCGGUAGAUUAAGCUCCACAGAUCUGGCCGAAGUAUUGGCCAAUGGUGAGUCCCAUCUGGAAUCGUCUUCGACGUCAACAUGUUCCUCAGAGCCGGUGCAGAAGCCAACCACAAACACUUCAGUCAACGCGAUACGCCAGAAACUGAAGUUACCACAAUGGGCUCCGAGCUUUCUGUUUGACGGUUCAGGUACUCUGGACAGAUUGGUGCACUGUAUGAUCGAUCCCAAUCCCAACCAAAGGCCUUCGGCUGCGGACAUUCUCAACACUUACGAGUGUCAGUUAGUCGAACUUAGACGCAAGUGUGGUGGUGUUGUUUAUGAGGGCGAUUUCGGCCCGAUGCCAGACGAAUCUGAGUCUUCAUUGGUUGAGGCUCAGCUUUGGGCUCAACUGCCAAAGAUAUCGGCUCUGUCUUCGGCUCUGGUGUUUGGAAAAGAGUCGAGAAAGGGUUCCAUAGAGAUGAUUUUGGAAUAA